AUGUUGGCAAAAAUGAAACUAAAAAAAAAGAAAAAUGAGGAAGACGAAAUGGGGAAGAGCGAAUUAGGAGUAAGGACGUUUAAUAUAGAAGUGAGCGAAAAAAUUAGAAGAGAAAAUUUUAAUUUACCAAAAAUAAAAAGAAAUGGAAUGUUAACAUACGAAGAUAAUAAUGAUGAUGAUAAUGACAAUGAUGAUGAUGAGAUAGGCAACAGGACGGAAGAACAAAAGAAAAGAAAAAGUAAAAAAAUAGAAAGAGAAAAAUUAAAAUUAAGAAAAAUGUUAGAUAAGAUAAAAAAAAAAAAAAAAGAGAAAAUAGUUAAAAGUCCAAUAGAAGAAGAGAUGCUGAAAAUUUCGAAUAAAAUGAAACAUCUUCAUGAUAUUAAAAAUGAGAUAGCAACAAUUUCAAAUAGUAUUAUAGGGGACCAGAAUCUUAACAUUGAUAAAAUGAAUUUGCUAUUUUAUAUUUUUAAUGAAAGCUUAAAAAGAAAAAAGGAGUUAUCCAAAAAUUGGGACGAUAAUAGAAGCGACAAUAAUAGCAGUAGCGGUAACAGUAACAGUAACAUUAACAGUAAAAGUAAAAGUAGUAACAUGCGUAAUGACAAUAACACUAGUGGCAGUAUUGCAGUUAAGAAAAAAAUCAAGUAUUAUGAACAUAUAAACCUCUUAAGCUGCAUAUCUAUAUGCACAGUUCUAAAAUAUAUAACUCCAUCAUAUAAAAUUUUAAAGACGGAUUAUCAAAAAAAUGACAAAAGUGGAAACACCAAAUUUAACAAUCAUAAUAGUAGUAACGGCUUAAUGAUAAACUACAAGAAAAAAUCAUAUAUGCAAGGAAACAGUUACUCCAAUAUUGUGCAAACUGUAAACAUGUUAGAAAAAAAUACGGUAAAAUAUUUUAAAGAUUUCUGUGUAAUAUUAAAAGGAAAUAUACGUGACAACAUAACUGUUUAUGUAAAUUUAUUAUGUGAUAUAGUAACAGUUAAUUUAAACUUGUCUAAAGAUGAAAAAUUAUUUGAAUAUCUUUUAUUAUAUUCCAAUAUACAAACAUACAGUAUGAAGAAGUAUAAUAGAACACAAGUUAAGAAUAAAAAGAUGAAGGGAAAGCACAAGAUUAACUGUGACAUACUUUGUAUGAAAUGCUUAAAUACUGUUAAAGAAAUAAUAGAUAAUGAUAAUAAUUUAUCUAUUACAUUAUAUUUAAUAGAUCAUUUUGUAAAUAUUUUUUUUAAAAAAGAAAAAUAUAUUAGUCCUAACCUCUUAAAAAUAUUUUCAAAAAUAUGUAUAGGGGAGAAAAAGAUGAAUGCAAAAUUAUAUUCUAUGGACGAUAUAGGAAAUGCGGAAAAUAACGAAGUGAAUAAGGAAUUAAGAAUAAAAACAAAUAUAAGUGGGGAGCUAAAAAUAAUGGAAAAAAAUAUAGAAAAAAUAUUAGAUCAACUAUUUUUGGUUUAUUUGUGUAUAUUAAGAGAGUAUAACAAAUAUUCUACGCCACUUGUAAAAAAUGUGCUGCACGCUAUUUCGUAUUAUGCAUUAUAUGUAAAUAAGAUACUCAUGGAUGAUGUUUUUAAAGAAAUUAAGAGUUUGGCUACGGCAAAUAGUAACAAUAUCACUCGUAGCGGAAAUAGCGGUUGCUUUGGCGUUAACGUUGUUAGCGGAGUUAGCGGCAAUAGUAACAGUAGGGACAAUAGAAAAAUUGUUCCCAGCUGCCUCAUACUUACAUCUAUCCAUAUAUUUCUUGAAACAUUAAAUAAAGUUAAUGAUAGCAUAUACAUUGAUUGUUCAUGGAUUGCUGUUUCUCUUUUGAAUUUGCUGGAGUCAGCCAUUCCCUUCUUGCACAGUGGUUCAGCCUACUUCUUAUUAGAACAGAGAAAUUUUAUGUAUAAUAGUUUUCAAGAUUGCAGUAAAUUUUCUCGCUAUUUACCCAGUGCCAAGGAGGAUCAUACAGUGACAAGUGGAAAAGGGCAGAUUAGUGCAAACCGAUUAAACGAAAAUAAUUGUUUAGAAAACAAGUGGAAUAAAGAAAUAGGGAGAGAAGAAAAAUACAAUUUUUGCUCUGAGCUGUUAUAUUGUAUUGAUUUAUUACUAAAAACUAAAAAUUUUACAUAUAAUUAUAAUAAUUUUAAAUCUACUAAUAAUCAGUUAUUAUCCCGAAUAGUGUACCAGCUGUGUACUAUUUCUCUACAUGCAGAUUAUGUAAUAUCAUUUUCUAUUUUAAAACUUGUUCAGAAUAUUUUGAUUAAAUACCCGUUAGUUAAGCCUGUUGUAGAAAAAGAAGGUACAGUCAUAUUUCUUAUGAAUGAUACCUUAUCAACCUUUUUUCAAAAUACUUUAUUUCAUUCAUGUUUUUUUAAUGAUAUAUCAUCUCUAGCCAUGGACAUAUCAUUGAAUGACUCUAAUGAGGAAUACACUACAACACUGCAAAAUUACAUUCAUCAAAAUAAAUCUGACAUACAAAAUAAAAUUAUUAAUCUUAACUUUAAUUUGAACGAACAAAAAAUAAUAAACAGAGAAAAUUUUGAGAAAUAUGACCCAUACGAUGUAUUCUAUAAAAAUACACAAAAACACUUUAGAGGUUUAUGUCAAGCUGAUAUUGGGAAAAACUUUAAAAAUGUUUAUAUGGAUGAUAAUUUUUUUUUGUCUCGAAAAAGUCCAAGUGCAGGCGUAACGUUAGACACUAAUGCAAGCAUAUCUGUUAAUCAACUACCUCCAUAUAUGUUAACAGCAAUUGAUUUUAUUGAGAUAGUUUUUUCUCCUUACGAAGAAUUAAUAAAAUAUUUUCAGAAGGAACAGGGGGAAAAAGAAAAUAUCCAUCAUUUUGACAACGCACAUACAAAGGGUUACCCUAAUUCUGUGAAGAGUUAUAAUGACCAAAAGCACAAUAGAAUGUAUAGGAAAACAAAGGGGAAAAAUAUUCAUAAAAAGAAGGGGCGCAGAAGGUAG